GAAAAACCCGAAGAGGAGCCUUCAUCGAUCAGUGAUCGGAGCCAUGCCGGUCUUCAAGACGCCUUUCAAUGGCUACUCCGUCAAAUUCAGUCCUUUCUACGAGUCUCGGCUCGCCGUCGCCACCGCUCAGAACUUCGGAAUCCUCGGCAAUGGUCGAAUCCACGUCCUCGAGCUUCCUCCCUCUGCACCCGUCGUCGAAUCCACUGCCUUCGACACCGCCGACGCCGUCUACGACGUCUCCUGGUCGGAAUCUCACGACUCCCUCCUCGUCGCCGCCCUCGGAGACGGCUCCGUGAAGAUCUACGACACCGCACUGCCUCCGCCCUCGAACCCAAUUCGCUCCUUCCACGAGCACGCGCGUGAGGUCCACUCCGCCGAUUACAACCCCACGCGCCGGGAUUCGUUCCUUACCGCUUCGUGGGACGAUACAGUCAAGCUCUGGACCAUGGAUCGUCCGGCGAGCAUUCGGACUUUCAAGGAGCACGCGUAUUGUGUGUAUCAAGCGAUUUGGAACCCUAAACAUGGCGAUGUAUUCGCCUCUGCUUCUGGAGACUGUACCCUUAGGAUCUGGGAUGUUCGAGAACCAGGGUCGACGAUGAUUAUCCCUGCGCACGACUUCGAGAUCUUGUCGUGUGAUUGGAACAAGUACGAUGAUUGCAUUCUCGCAACUUCUUCGGUGGACAAGACGAUCAAGGUAUGGGACGUACGGAAUUACAGGGUUCCUGUGUCGGUGCUUAAUGGCCAUGGUUAUGCGGUGAGGAAAGUGAAGUUUUCGCCGCAUAGAAGGAAUAUGAUGGCUUCGUGCUCGUAUGACAUGACUGUGUGCUUGUGGGAUUUCAUGGUGGAGGAUGCUUUGGUGGGUCGAUAUGAUCAUCACACCGAGUUCGCGGUCGGGAUCGAUAUGAGUGUUCUUGUGGAGGGGCUAAUGGCGAGCACAGGAUGGGACGAGCUCGUCUACAUUUGGCAGCAAGGGAUGGACCCGAGGACGAGUUGAAUGUAAGUUUGAUCAUCCCUCAUACUUCCCUGUGGUAUCUUUGAUUUUGUUUGGUUACCAUACGGAGAAUUUCGGAAUAAAGUUGAAAUUUUUAGUUGAAAAGGAAGGAAUGUAAUCUGUGGAGAGAAAACUGAUGGAAUUGCGAUAGCUGAGUAAGCUUUCCUUCCAUCUGUGAAUUGAUUUCUGUGGAAGAACCGUCCUGUUCAUAUACAACCUUUUACAAAGCUUCAUUUUUUAGGGGUUCUUCACAAAUGUGGCUAAGAUUAUAGAUCAUUGUGGUAUGUAGGCUUGAACUGUUUCGUCAUCUGAGUAUAAACACGAUUUGUCUA